CACGUUUAAUCAUUCCUCAUAUGUAGAAAAAUUUUCCGCAAAUGUUUGUCUGUUUUGAGAAACAUACGUUAUUUUAUUUUCUUUCUGUUUACUGAUAUCAUUUUAAAUCCAAACUUCUACUGAAUUUCAAAGCAAAAUUCAUCUUCACCUGCAUUUUGAAGCCGAAAAUUAUUUUUUCAUUCGAGGAAACGUACGUCAGAGUAAUAUUGGUUUUGUUACAUUGCAAACGAAAGCUCCAUUACUCACUUUUGUUAUUCCGUCCAUUGAGGAACGCAUCAAUUCCCCCUCUGAUAUUUUUUUUUGAAAGGAUGGCUUUGAAAUUUGGUUUCAACCAUGUGGCAACAAAGGUUAAGAAACAAUUGUGCUUUUCUCGUGGAACAACAUCUGCAUAUGAAGAGGAGGAAGAAUCGUGUCGAAAUGAAGGAAAGAUGAUUUCCGUUGCAAGUGAUGGGUCGUUAGAUAGAAAAGGAAAUCCUGCUUUGAAAUCAAACUGUGGAGGAUGGAAGAUAGCUAAUCUCUUAUUAGUGAAUCAAGGUCUGGCAACACUUGCUUUCUUUGGUGUCAGUGUAAACCUUGUUCUGUUCUUAACAAGGGUUCUAGAUCAAGAUAGUGCUGAAGCUGCAAACAACAUUAGCAAAUGGACAGGAACUGUUUACUUGUUCUCCUUAGUUGGCGCAUUCCUCAGUGAUUCUUAUUGGGGAAGAUACUUAACUUGCGCAAUCUUUCAGUUCAUUCUUGUACUGGGGCUGGUAUCGCUGUCAUUGACAACUUGGUUACUCUUGAUCAAGCCAGUAGGUUGUGGAGAUAAAAUAUUAUUAUGCUCGAAACCUUCUUCACUUGGUGUUGCAGUCUUUUACUUGUCGAUUUACUUGAUAGCAUUUGGCUAUGGUGGAUACCAACCAACUAUUGCAACAUUUGGAUCAGAUCAGUUUAAUGAAUUGGACCCAAAAGAAAGACAAUCCAAAGCUGUCUUUUUCGGUUACUUUUACUUCGCAUUAAACUUUGGAUCACUCUUCUCAAAUACGAUUCUAGUCUAUUUUGAGGAUUCAGGACAAUGGACUUUAGGAUUCUUGGCUUCUAUGGGUUCUGCUGUUCUUGGACUUGCUUUGUUCUAUGUAGGAACACCAAAUUAUCGAUACUUUCAACCUAGUGGAAAUCCAUUGAAACGUGUAGCUCAAGUAAUUGUUGCAGCUAUGAGAAAAUGGACUGUUCUUCCUCCUUCAAAUGGUGAUAAGCUCUACGAAAUGGAAGGGGAGUCUGCUAUUAAAGGGUGUAGGAAAAUUCUUCAUAGUGAUAAAUUUGGGUUCUUAGAUAAGGCGGCAACGAUAAGCGAGAAAGAUUUAUCCGAUCAAACCAGUAUAACUAUAAACCCAUGGAGGCUCUGUACAGUAACACAAGUAGAAGAAGUAAAGUGUGUGCUGAAAAUGUUACCUAUUUGGCUUUGCACCAUCAUAUAUUCCGUAAUUUUCACCCAGAUGGCCUCACUUUUUGUUGAGCAAGGGGAAGUCAUGGAUACAGGCACUGGUAGCUUCAACUUGCCUGCAGCUAGUAUGUCGGCUUUCGAUAUAGUCAGUGUUCUUAUAUUUACUGGUAUUUAUGGUCGGUUUGUGGUACCAAUAACCAGCAGAUUCACAAGGAAUCCCAAAGGCUUAACAGAGCUCCAAAGAAUGGGAACUGGAAUAUUAAUUGGAUUAUUAGCCAUGGUCGCAGCAGGAAUUACAGAAAUGGAAAGGCUAAAGAGAAUUACAUCCACUGAAAGCACUAGUUCAUUAAGCAUAUUUUGGCAAAUACCGCAAUACACAUUAGUUGGAGCCUCAGAGGUGUUUAUGUACGUGGGCCAGUUGGAAUUUUUUAACAAUCAAGCUCCAGACGGGAUAAAAAGUUUUGGAAGCUCACUUUGCAUGGCUUCGAUGUCUGUUGGGAACUAUGUUAGCAGUUUACUAGUUAACAUAGUAAUGGCCAUCACAACUACAAGAAACAGACCAGGUUGGAUUCCAGACAAUCUGAACAUGGGUCACCUUCACAGAUUUUACUUCCUUAUCGCUAUUCUAGCUGCAGUUGAUUUUGUGAUCUAUCUAUUUCUCGCAAAGUGGUACAAAGGCAUAAAUCUUGAAACAGACGACAUCGAGGAGGAAGAAGAUAGUGAAUUGGAAGAACAAGAACAGGGAGGUGGUAAUACUAACAAUAUCCUUAGAAAAGUUUAGUUUUAGUUGAAAUUUAAUAAUUCAUGUACUCUAUAAACAUGACGUGGGGGUGGUUGCUUGUUAAGCGCCUCUAUGAUCUUCUUUAUGAUGUUAAAUUACUAGGUUUUAUAUUGUCGUAGGUCUUAGUAGUAGUUUAAACUCUUAAAGUCUUGUAACUUGUUGUACUGAAAGAAGACUCUUUGUUUCAAUAUAUUGUUGCAACUUAUCUGAUA